AUGACUCCCGUACAAACCCUCGAAAUCGAAGACCUGCGAGCCUCACUAACUCGAACAGUGGCCGAGAAACGCGCCAUGAAAUCUCAAGUGCAUAACGCGACAAUUUCUGCGCCUGAGAUCGAUCGAAUGCUCGAAGAGACCCAGAGAACACCGUUCACAGCAAGAAUCACGGAGGCCAGGAUUCCCGAGCACGGGAAAGUGAGAAUCCCUUUCUACGAAGGCACAACUGACCCGAAGGCGCACAUCACAGCGUUUCGGAUAGCAAUGGGACGAGCCUUCACAAGGAACGCUGCCAACCUGACCGAGCGGGAGGUAGAUGUUGGAUAUUGCCUGCUCUUCGUAGAGCAUCUCAAGGGAGCCGCGCUGGAAUGGUUUUCAAGACAGGAGUGCAAUUCAAUCGGAAGUUUCCAACAGCUCUCCGCUUUGUUCCUCAAGCAGUAUUCAAUGUUCAUGGAUCGAGGAACCUCCGAUGCCGACCUAUGGACACUAUCCCAAGGACAAAAUGAACCGCUUCGGGACUACAUGGCGAGAUUCAAGGCGGUCGUGUCCAAAGUAGAAGGAAUAAGCGACAAGGCUGCACUCAAAACUCUGAAGCGGUCCUUGUGGUACAAAUCUGAAUUCCGAUGGGAAAUGGCCCUCAACACGCCACAAACGAUUCAAGACGUCUUACAUCGGUCGUCAGACUUCGUCGUAAACAAGGAAGAGAUGAAAAAUCUGGACGAGCAGUACGAAGCAACGAAAGCAGCGAUCCGAAGCUCAAUCCUGACGCGCCCCUCGAAGAAAGGUAACCCAUCAAACAACGCAACAACACAGAGCUCGGAGGAACCGACAAGUGGAGGUGCCGACAACUACCAAGUAGGUGCUGGAUGCGGAAGAAGAGAGCCGCGCAGCAACACUUGGGGGAGGAGACUCACUAACUACGAUGAAAAGGCGUUCUGCGAGUAUCACCAAACCUACAGGCACUCGACGGCACAAUGCCGAACCCUGGGAGCCAAACUCGCGGCUAAAAUGGCAGCGGGAGAGCUCUAG